UCACGCCACCCCCUGACGCCAUGUCCCUUGGUUAUGCCGAGAAGCUUUCUGUGAUUGAAGAUGUGGGUAACGUUGGAAUGACGGAGUUUUUCGACCCCCCUCAUGUUUUGCAGCAGAAAGUUGAAGAACUUGCCAUGUUAAUACAAAAGAGCAAGCACUUAGUGGUAUUUACUGGAGCGGGAAUCUCCACUUCUUGUGGUAUACCCGACUUUCGUGGCCCUAAAGGCAUCUGGACCCUUCAGCGAAAAGGGCAAGCCUUGCCAGAAGCAUCUUUACCUUUCCAUCGCGCAACACCGAGCAUAACUCAUAUGGCAUUGGUUGAACUUGAGAAAGCUGGUAUCUUGAAGUUCUUGAUUAGCCAGAAUGUUGAUGGCCUACACAUUCGUUCGGGAAUGCCGAGGGAAAGACUCUCUGAGUUACACGGGAACUCUUUUAUGGAACAAUGCCCAUCCUGUGGAGCCGAAUAUAUGAGGGACUUUGAAAUCGAGACUAUCGGACUGAAGGAGACUGCACGCCGUUGCUCCAAGGCUGGUUGUGGCGCAAAAUUACGGGAUACUGUUCUUGACUGGGAAGAUGCUUUGCCACCUAAGGAGAUGAAUCCUGCAGAAAAACACUGCAAAAUGGCCGAUGUUGUACUAUGUCUAGGAACAAGUUUGCAGAUUACCCCUGCAUGCAAUUUGCCCCUGAAAUGUCUUAAGGGUGGUGGAAAGAUCGUAAUUGUGAAUCUUCAGAAAACUCCCAAGGACAAGAAAGCAAGUUUGGUCAUGCACGGACGUGUAGACAAGGUGAUUACAGGAGUGAUGAGCUUGCUCAAUACGCGUAUCCCCCAGUUUAUUAGGAUCGAUUUUCUCCAGGUAGUUCUAACUCAAGCCUUAAGCCUAGAUAAAAAAUACGUGAACUGGACCCUCAAGUUAGCAAGCGUGCAUGGAAAGCAAGCACCGUUGCCUUUUGUAAAAUCUGUCGAUGUCUCCUUCUCUGAAAGUUUGAGCAUGAAGGCAACAGUUUUACACAGCCAACCUUUUCAUCUGAAAAGGAGAACUGCGAGGAGCAUAAAACCUUUUGAUAUUUUCUUCAAACUGAACUUCAGCGUCGGUUGCAAGUGUUCGUGUACUAAUCUCAAAAUCCCAGUCGAUUUUGAUAUUUCUACGGAAUCUUCCAAGGAAGAAAAAGAUUCCAUAAUUCAGAAUCUAAAAGACCGGGCGAUCAAGGAUCCAUGCUGUGGGCAGACAGCAUUAGUCGAGAGAAGGGCAGUUUUAGUUCCGCAAAGCGAAAUUAUUGCAUAUGCAAUUGUGACGAAUAUUAUUGAAUACGAAAGUUCUUCGUUCGAACUUGAAGCAUCUUCGCCUAGCAACACCGGCUCGUUUAAGAGACGAAACGAAGGUAUGUUAGAUAGCGGGGUGUCGUGGAAACGAACAAAGGCGCGGAAACACAAUAGUAGGUGUAGAAGGUAGACUUUUUUAAAGUUUGUGAUUAUGUUUUGUGUAAAUAUGAAGUAGAAUUUGAUACAGAUGAGGGUUUUUUUUUGCUCCCUUUUUAAUUAAUGAACUAGUUUUUUAUUUUCUAAUUUUGUGUGUGAGGGUUGUGAUGGUAAUUUUGGCAGAUGCAGAAUUAUUUUCACCCAUUUUUGUUUAGUAGUUAGACUUUUGGUA